AUGGUGCGAGAGUCGAAGGAUCGGCUCUUGGCUGUCGCGAAGGGCUUUCAACUACUGGGCUCAGUGCCGGAAGACUUCAUUGAGAGACUGAGACUCUGGCAAGAACCCCUUCAUCCCACCUUAGCAACCAUUCGGUCCCCCAAUCUCCCUCGCUACACCGACUUUGUUGGCAUAGGCUCGGAGAUAGCUGGACGCCGUGUCACAAAGAGCCUAUUUGAGAAUAUAAAACUAGGCUCCAGCGAUAGUCUAAGCGGAGUUGUCGUUCUAGAGGCCCACAAUCUUUGCAGCGGUGCCAUGGGAGCUCGCGUGAUUAAUAUGAGAAAGGAUCUGGGCCAGUAUCCCAAUCUCCUGUGUAUCAAAACGAACACUUCAGCUAUUGCUAUUUCCGAGUCUCCCUCUCCUGAUAAAGGGGCAGGCAACUCGACAUAUCAGUACGAAAUAACUACCCCUUGA